AUGACGCCGUCAACGACAUUACAGAAGAUGUUACUGAAUGUGUUACCGAAGAAGUAGAUGUUUUUAAAUAUAACGUUGCGUCAAAAUGUGAUGACAAUAGUACGCUGCAUGAAGCCAAGACAAUGCCUUUGGAUAAGGCUGUGGAAGAAGCUAAAUUGGCAAUAUGUUAUUUUUUUAAUAAUAAGUUUGAUGAUGCCCGCGCCUUAAUGAUGCCUCACGCGCACUGUAGUAUGUACCACUCAAUGGGUCGGGCAGUGUUUUCAUUUUUGGAGGCGAUACUUACAUUUGAGCAACAGCACAUUAUUAAAGCAGGCGAAGAAUUACGAAAAUGUUUAGAUGUCUGUCAGAGGCAACGGCGCAAAGUUACUAUAACCCAGUCAAUAGGGAAAAAAUUUAAAAGAGUAAACUAUAGUCAUUUAAGCGACACAGAGGCUCAUGCUGAAUUAUGCACAGCGGAAGCUUUGUUACUCAGAGCAUUAUUAACGUUUAUAGAAGAUGAAACGUUAUCAAGUCUUAUCAGAGGAGGUAUGAAAAUACGCCACUGUUACAGUAGUUACAAGGAAUGCGCGCUUAUACUUAAUAAUCGUAAAUGGGAUUCAGAAAAAUCUAGAAUACAUUUUGAGAGUGGUGUGCGAAUGGGUAUGGGCACUUUCAAUCUUAUGAUUUCUUUACUACCAGCCGGAGUGGUGAAAGUUUUAGAGUUUAUUGGGUUUUCUGGAAAUAAGGAAAGCGGCUUAGAAGAUCUCCAAACUGGUUACAACCUACCGGGGCUGCGGCAGAUUUUAUGUGCAAUGACUUUAUUAGGUUAUCAUUUAAUAGUGUGUUAUGUUUUGAGCCACCAAGAAGGCGAUUUAAAAUUCGCAAAUCAAAUCUUAAACAGUCAACUAGAGUUAUAUCCAAAUGGAGUAUGGUUUCUAUUUUUUAAAGGACGCCUCGAGUUUAUGAAGGGUAACUUAGAAGAAGCUCAAGUUUGGUAUAAAAAAUCCUGGAAAUCUCAAAAUGUCUGGCCCCAGUUUCAUCAUUUAAGCUUCUGGGAAUUAUUAUGGGUCAAUUGUUUAAGAUUGGAUUGGCGUGAAGCCAGUUUAUAUGCGACAUUUUUAGUCGAAAAUAGCAAAUGGUCUCGUACAAUUUAUUCAUUUCAAAAAGCUGCUGUUAUGCUGAUGUUACCAAAUUUAACAACAACUGAAAAACUGUCAAUAGACAAUUUAAUGCGCGACUGUCCCGCCUACAAACAGCGUAUUGCUGGAAAAUCUUUGCCAAUGGAGAAAUUCAUAUGCAAAAAAUCCGAAAGAUAUUUUGCACAGGGAAAAUUUCUUUGUUUACCUGCUAUAGAAUUAAUGUAUCUUUGGAAUACGUUUAAAGUAAUUAGCAAACAAUAUGAAAUAGCUGAUAGUAUUUAUAGAGUUAUAGAUACAAAACUGAAUGAAAUGGAAAGAAGUACGGAACGUUCGGCAUAUGAUUCAGAUAACAAAGCUUUAUGUCUUCUGUUACGCGGAGCAUGCUUAAGGCAAAUGAAAAAACCAGGAUUAGCAUUACAAGAUUUGAAUGAAUGCAUUAAUUUGCACCCUCUCAUAAAAGAAGAUCUUUAUUUGAUUGCUUAUGCAAGCGUAGAAUGCGGAUUGGUUUAUGCUGAUGAGAAUAAAAUUGAUUUGGCAAUAAACACGUUAGAGGAAACUAAGAAAAAGUAUACUGGAUUUUCCCUAGAAUCAAGAUUACACUUCCGAAUUCAUACAGCUUUAAUGGAUCUUAGAGAAAGAAGGAAAGUCAAAUAAUCAUGUAUGAAUGAUUAUGUUGUAAUUUAGUGUUUUAACAAUAGAGUUAUCAGCUCUACACUAGCAAAAAUUUACAAUGCCUCUAAGAAUUCUAAGAAAAUCUAAUUAAUUUUGCACUUUUAUCAGGGAUAUUAAUCGGUGGGAAAAUGUGGUUUAUUAAAUAAAAUUUUAUUUUAAAAUACAUAUGAAAAAAAAA